AUGGAUUCAACAUUUGAUGCCAGAGCAAGUAAUAAAUCUUAUUUAGGGUCCAAUUCUAUUGCGUUAACUAAAAAUUUUGAAGAUUGGAACAAUGAAGCUGUUUGUGAAUGGCUUUCAGAAAAUAAUUUCAAAAUGUCUGAUAUUGAAAAGUUUCAAGAAAAUAAAAUCAAAGGUGAUCAUUUGGAAUUUAUUGGAGAUAAAAUUUUAAUUCAAAUGGGACUAAGUAUUUAUGAACGUUUAUCCUUUAAAAGUAUUUUUAAAAAAUUGAAAAAUAAUAACAAAAUUAAAAUAGAUUCAACCGAUAAUUAUAAAAAUGAAUGCGAAUCAAAUAGUAUUAAUAAUAGUAAUAAUAAUAAUAAUAAUAAUAAUAAUAAUAAUAAUAAUAAUAAUAAUAAUAAUAAUAAUAAUAAUAAUAAUAAUAAUAAUAAUAAUAAUAAUAAUAAUAAUAAUAAUAAUAAUAAAAUUGAUACAUUUAAUAGUUCUAUUAAACAAUUAAAUUUUUCCCAAGAGGCCAAUGACCCAAAUAUCAAAGCACCAAUACUUGAUAUUAAUCAAUAUAAAUUGAUUGAGGAGAUCGGAAGAGGAGCUUUCAGUAUAGUUGAAAAGUAUGAAAAUAAAUUAAAACCAAAUGAAUUUAUUUCAAUUAAAAGAAUCAAUGUUUUGGCAUCAGAAAAAGAAAUGAUUGUAAAAGAAAUCAAUAUGCUUUAUUCAAUUAAUCAUCCGAAUAUUAUAAAAAUAAUUGGAUAUUAUAAAGAUGAACAUUAUUAUUACAUUGCAACACCUUAUUAUAAGAAAGGUUCAAUUGCAAAAAUUGUUAAAAGUAUAAAAAGUAAAAACAACUCUGGGUUUAGUGAAUCUAAUGUAAGGAAUAUUUCAAAAAAGAUUUUAAAUGCGAUUGAUUAUUUACAUUCAUCAAAUCCUCCAAUUGUUCAUAGAGAUAUCAAAGGUGAUAAUAUUUUAUUAAAUGAUAGUGAUGAACCAAUCUUGGCUGAUUUUGGUUUAUCCUAUUUGGCAAUUGAAAACAACACCAAUUUCAAGACAGCAUGUUGCUCACCAUUUUGGGCUGCUCCGGAAAUAUUAAAUAAAAGUACAUCAGAUUUUAGCCGAAAAUGUGAUAUUUAUAGUUUUGGAUGUACGAUUUUAGAGAUGAUUGUUGGUAGUGAUCCAUGGGGAGGUAAAAGAAAUCAUCAAAGUCAUUCACCACCAAUUCCGACAUAUUUAACUUUGGAAUGUAAAGAAGUUUUAAAUGAAACUCUAAAGUAUAAUCAAAAUUUCAGAGCAGAUUCUAAACAACUACUCGAAGCACAAUGGUUCAAGGAGACUUCUUUAAGAAAUUCUUCAAAUGGUGAAAUUAUCUUUAGUUCAGAAGAUAUAAUGAAAGAAUUUAAGAAAAAUGGUUCUACUAUUCAAAUAGGUCCAGUAAAACAGGAAUAUAAAUAUAAAGAGCAAUUUGACAUUGAAAAUAUCUCAAAAUGGCCUCGAGAACCAAGUUUUAUUGACCCAAAACAUAAAAAUUAUAAAGAGGUUUUGAAUCUAUAUGAUCAUUAUAUAAAUCACUCCCCGUUUAUGGCAAAGAUCGGACCAUAUGUAUUAGAUUUAAAGGAAGAAUUAAAUGAAAAAACCUUUUACAAAAGUCUAGCAAUAAGUUCAAUAUUGGGAAAGAUUGAUAAAUAUGAGCCAACUACAAAUCAAAAUCUAAUACCAUCUCUAUUUUUUGGAUUCAUAAAUUUUGUUUUAUAUCAAACUAUUAAGCACUACCCAUCAAAAUUUAGAAUUCUUUAG